AUGUUUGCAAGAACAGCCAGAAGUACGCGUCACAUAAAGAACGUAUGGAGAAGAAGCUAUUCGACAGAAGAACCUAAAGGUGGUAAACCUAAAGAUAUUGAAGUUAAUGUAACCAAAAUUUUCGGUAUCGCUGCUUUAGCUGGGGGAUUAUAUGUUUACAAGAAUUCAUCCGAAAGAAAAGAACCUCUCAUAAAGACACCAUUAUACAAUCAAGUCGAUGAACGUGAAAACUUAAGAAAUGAAAACUAUCUUAAACGUUACAAAUCAUCAUUCAUGAAGUCAUAUAUUAAAGACAGAGGUGGAAUAGGUCAAAGACAAUACAGACGUAUUAGCGAAGGGGCAGUUCCAACCAAUCUUAUUCCAACACACUCGCCAUUUGGCAACCAGUUUGGUGCUGGUAUUAAAACCGAUAAUUUAGGUCCUCGUAAGGAGCGUAUUAGAGUGUAUGCUCCACUUAAAUCCGACCAAUAA